CUAGAUGGUUGCCCAGGUCUGUGUUAUGGAAAUGGAAGAUGCACACUUGAUCAGAAUGGAUGGCACUGUGUCUGCCAGGUGGGCUGGAGCGGAAUGGGAUGCAAUGUUGUCAUGGAAAUGAUGUGUGGAGACAGCAUCGAUAAUGAUGGAGAUGGUUUGACAGACUGUAUAGACCCUGACUGCUGCCAGCAAAGCAAUUGCUAUUCAAGCCCGCUCUGUCAAGGGUCCCCUGAUCCCCUUGACCUCAUUCAGCAGAGCCAGCCUCCUUUCUCUCAGCAUCCUCCAAGGCUCUUUUAUGAUAGAAUCAAGUUUCUUAUUGGCAAGGAAAGCACUCAUGUAAUCCGAGGAGAUGUCUCAUUUGAGAGCAGGUAA